CCCACGUGACCCCUCCGGGACCAACCGGGAGCCGAAGAUUGCGGGGAGCGGAGCGCGUCCUCGCGGGCAGUUGCUGCGGGCGGGAGAGGAGAGCGCAGGAAGACGGGGGCUCCGAGCGCGUGCGGACUCGCUCCUUGAGAGGUCCCUGCCUGACGCGACGCCAUGUCCGAGGAGAAGCCCAAGGAAGGAGUAAAAACGGAGAAUGACCAUAUCAAUUUAAAAGUAGCUGGCCAAGAUGGAUCAGUGGUCCAAUUUAAAAUAAAACGGCACACACCACUAAGUAAACUAAUGAAGGCCUAUUGUGAGAGACAGGGUUUGUCAAUGAGACAGAUUAGAUUCAGAUUUGAUGGACAACCAAUUAAUGAAACAGACACACCUGCACAGUUGGAAAUGGAAGAUGAGGAUACUAUUGAUGUGUUUCAACAGCAGACGGGUGGCAUGUGCUAAAUAUCCUGUCCUUUUAGGAAGAGGAAUGUAAAAUUUCAACUCACUUUAUCAUCUGUCCUUGGAUUUGCUAUUAAAUAGUAAACAAAUGAACAUGCCAAUCAUACAGGAAUCUCCUCAUGUUCUGAAGACAUUUAUCCAAAUUCUUUUCCUGUCCCUGAUACACUGCGUGUGCAAGUUGAAGCUGCAUCUGUGGGAAAUUACUGCAUCAUAAAAAUGGGCCCAGUCAAAAUUAAAUUUUCAAAUAAGUAAAAUACCGGUUGUUGUCUGCUGUCAUCUUGUUUCUAUAAAUUGGUGGCCUAAAUACAAGCCUACUGUAAAAGAAGGAUACUUAGUCCUGGCUUUCGUUGUUUCUGUUUUACUGCUUAAUUAUGUAAUGUAAAUAUUGAAAUAUUUUUCCUUGCAAUAGUAAGUUUCUCAAAACAGGUGGGUUGAGAAAGAGAGGAUUUUACCAUUAAACACAUGUAUUACUUUAAAACUGUUAAUGGGAUAUGCAGAAAGGACAGUACUUCAGAUACAUGCUUAGUGACAGUUUAAGGUAAUGCAAAUGUACAUGUGCUUUUUCAUAAUAAAAUAGCAUAGAAUAAAACAAUUUUUUUAAAGUAAA